AUGUCGCUAUUGACCCCUUCUUCCGACCCAUACUUUGGCAUGUCGCAGGCAGCUUUUAGCGACACAGACCUCCCAUUAUGCGUAGAAGUUGAUCUUGCGCUCCGUGCAGUCCAACAGUCCAACCUCUCUGAUGAGGAUGUCUCUCGCGCCAGCGGACUACUCAGGAGCCUUGUCUAUCGGGCAAUGGCUGCAACAAACUACGAUCAGUGCGCGCGCAUCUACGAAGAUACCGCCUUCGCUUAUCGAGACAUCCUGCGCGGGACGUUUAACGCAGUUCAGGAGGCGCUUGACGCGUUGCCCGUUCAGACCCAAGCUGAACAGGGCGGUGGUGGCGUUGGUGCAGGGUCGAACAGACGGGCGGACGAAAGCGAGCUUGUGCGUAAGCAGCUGACCGCUCUUCAAGGACAAAUGCGUCAAGCCUAUGAGGAAAGCGAGGGGAAACGUCGUAGUCUCAACACGCAGUUGGCCGAGGCGGACAAUAACAUGCAAGACAUGGCGCGGCGGAUCGAAAACUACCAGAGGGAGCGAGAUGCGUCGCUGGCGGAGAAAGAGACUCUCAGGAAGGAGAACAACACUUUGCAGGAGGAGACGGAGAGUCUGAAGGCUGGGUUGGAAGCGUUGAGGGCGGAUAGAGACUCACUUCAACGUGACCUAGAGGCGCUGCGCACAUCCUCAGUCCAUAACAUGAUGGAUGACGCAUUCGCAACGGUAUCUGGCGGUACAUGGGCGAAUGGGAUUGGAGAUAACGGCAACCUUGCGACGGCCGGAUUUGGAUCUUUCGAAUCCAAUGGUUUUGGAAACGUCUCAGAUGCGACCAAUCAGCCUAACUGGAUGGAGCUCAUGGGUUCUAUGACCAAUAUGCCCUCCAUGCCUACCAUGACGGUGUCAUUUCCACCGGGCAACGCUCAGCAGUUGUCUGCCGUGCCACCACCAGUGCUUCCUCGGUGA